CCCUUGUUAGAACAAGCCCGACCCCCCUCAGCCUCCUCCCGCGGGGGAAAAAGAGCAGCGAAGCAAGCUGAAGGAGACACCUGCUCCUCAUGCCCACCCCAGGUGUCUUGGGGUCUCGCUGCUGGCCCCUCCUAGAAGCCGGUGAGCAGGGUCACUGCUCCGUGGUGGGUGUAAUGCACUCGCUCCCCAUGUCGGCUUCCUGAUUUGCGAGCGAGCAAGCAAGCGGUGGCUGUGUUUACCAGCUCGCUCCCUGCCGGGGCUCUGGGGCUGAGCCAACCGGCUUCUUUAAGAUUCUGGUCACAGCGGGUGCUGGAUUUCUAAGGCUGUGGUGAUCUUUCUCUUUCUGCACAGACGCCGUCGUCCGUCCGUGCCGGGCAAAGAGAGAGGGGACGGGGGGAGAGGUCAAGCGUCCUGCCAGCCGCCUCGGCCGUAGGGAGCAGACACCAUGUGAUGCCGGAGGAGAGCGGUGAUGCUAUGGAAUGUGGCCAGCUGCCUUCAGACGCUCUGCGACAGGUGACAAUCCAGCGGGACCCCCUCUACGGCUUUGGUUUCGUGGCUGGCAGCGAGAGGCCGGUGGUGGUGCGCUCGGUAACAGCAGGAGGCCCCUCUGAGGAUAAGCUCCUGGCAGGAGACCAGAUUGUGGCCAUAAACGAUGAGGAUGUGAGUGACGCCCCAAGGGAGAGGUUCAUUGACCUGGUCAGGAGCGCAAAGGAUUUCAUCGUCCUCACGGUGCUGCAGACCCACCAGUCCCCAAAAUCCGCUUUCAUCAGUGCGGCCAAGAAGGCGAAGCUGAGAUCCAACCCAGUGAAGGUCCGCUUUUCAGAACAGGUCACGGUUGGUGAGACAGAUCCAGACAUGCUGAAGAAGGAAGCUCUCCUCCUCAUCCCCAAUGUGCUGAAAGUUUUCCUGGAGAACGGGCAGAUCAAGUCAUUCACGUUUGAUGGCCGAACAACCGUCAAGGACGUGAUGGUGACGCUCCAGGACCGCCUCUCCCUGAGGUACAUCGAGCAUUUUGCCCUGGUCUUGGAGUAUUCCAGCCCAGAGCAGAGCCACAAAUUCCUCCUCCUCCAGGACAAGCAGCCCCUGGCCCACGUGGUGCAGAGGACUCAUUACCAGGGGAUGCGAUGCCUUUUUCGGGUGAGCUUCUUCCCCAAAGACCCGGUGGAGCUGCUGCACCGAGACCCGGCAGCAUUCGAGUACCUGUACAUCCAGAGCCGCAACGAUGUGAUCAGGGAGCGCUUUGGGAUGGACCCCAAGCCAGAGACGCUGCUGGGUUUGGCUGCCCUCCACAUCUACAUCACCGUCUCCGCCACCCGGCCCACCCAGAAGGUGUCCCUCAAAACUGUGGAGAAGGAGUGGGGGCUGGAGCCGUUCCUGCCUCCUUCACUUCUGCAGCUCAUCAAAGAGAAGAGCCUUCGGAAAUCUCUCUCUCAGCAGCUGAAGGCCCAUCAGAACCAGCCGCCCAGCGGCACCAAGGUCUCAACAACCCAGGCAAAACUCCAGUAUCUGCGGAUCUUGAAUGAGCUUCCGACCUUUGCCGGAGUCCUCUUCAACACAGUGGGACUGGACGAGAAGCAGCCGGCCACCAUGCUCCUGGUGGGCCCCCGCCACGGCAUCAGCCACGUCAUCGACCUGAAGACCAACCUCACCACGGUGCUGUCAGAGUUCAGCAAGGUCAGCAAGAUCCAGCUGUUCAGGGAAAACCAGGGCGUGGCACGCGUGGAGACCAGCAUCUUGGAUGCCAAGCCACUGGUGUGGCUGAUGGAGUGGCCGGAAGCCACCAAUUUUGCCUGCCUGAUAGCAGGGUACUGCCGCCUCCUGGUGGACACCAAGAAGAUGAUGUUCUCUAGACCAUCCAGCCAGCAGCUGCCUCCUCAGAUUACCAAGGCAGAUUAUAUCACCGCGCACAACGUCCACCGGCCGGCUGCAGCGGGGCACUCGGGAAAGAAAGAGAGCGGGUUCUUGGGUGGCGCUACCUCCAGCCCUGGGAAAUCCAGUCCCCGAGUUCCCAAGGCAUCGGACUCGGAGCUCGUCAGCUUUUGUUACCUGCACAUGCGGGAACAAAGAAAGCAGCGAGAAAACAGGACGGACAUCAACGAAAACCUGAUCUUCUUUGAGGAAACCAGGCCCAGGACCAAAUCCGACCCCACUUCCAAAAGCUCCGGCCAAGGCUAUGAGGGUGCUGCCAAAGAGUACAACCCGGAUGGCCUUGACCGGGACCAUCAGGCAAGUAGGGCAAGGGCCAACACCAUGGACAACCACCUGAGGAACGAUGCCAUGCACUUCUACUGUAACUCCUGCAAAGCCAAACUCAAGAGCCGGCUGGCCUCUCGGAAAGGCGGCAAGGCCGGCAGCUCCCACGAUAACAUGGUAGACUUGAUGUCCCUGCCGCCUCCAGGGAGCGAUGAGGAAGCGGACGAGACCACUUCCCUGCUCCCUGCGAUCGCCGCCCCACCGCCUGGCUUUCGGGAUAACAGCUCCGACGAGGACGACCCCAAGCGCAGGGCGGCCGCGCAGAGCCAGGAGCAGGGCCGACACCUCUGCGGCAUCCUGUACGACGAGAUCCCGGUGACGCUGAUAGACAGCGUCCAAACGCGGACGGUCCGAGACCACGCCCAAGAGCUGGACGAUGCUCUGGUGUCCACCCUGCAGGCUCUGGAAGCCCUGGCUGCUUCGGAAGAUUGUUCACACCCCCCACCACAGCAGACAGCAGGUCUCAUUGUUCUAGCUGCCAUCACGCCCGAGUCAUCCUUGGACUCUGGCCACGAAACCAACUCCUCGGAGCUAACAGAUGUCUCAGAGAUGGUCUCGGCCAUGAAGCAGCACCAGAACGCCGCCUACUUCCUGGCCCACCACAUCAACAAAGAAAACCUGCUGGGCAGGAAGGAUCUUCCCUUCCGAAUCCAGAGCUGUGCUGCUCAAGCCGUCCUCACCUCGCCAUACCUGCUUGGGCGCCAGGAGCCAGGCCCUUCCCUGAAGCCAGCUUUCUCUCACCAGCCCACCAGCCUUUCUUGCAGCAGGAGCAAGCAGGACCAGCAGCCAGGAGAGCAGAGUUACACCUUGGCAGUCCAGCCUGUGCAGUCACCGCAGCUGAAGGAGCAGAACAGGGACAUGACAAUGCCGGGCUCGGAAUGCAAAGGCCCCGGCCACUCGAAAGCAGCUUUUGAGGUGUCACUGCACACUGCAGCUGCCUUGAGCAGGGACCAGGGGCAGGAUCCUCGGGAGAAGGUGCCCAAAGAGGUCCGGCUGAGCCCUAAACUAACCCUGGAUCCUAAGGGCAGCGUGACCGUCUCAGCUGCUUUGCAGCAAGUGGGGAGCAAAGGCUCGCCUUCCCAAGCAGCAGCUGUGGUGGCAGACACACAGGCCAGUGGGAGCAGCAGCUGUGUGCUUUCCAGUAGCAAGCCUUUGAAAUUCAAAGGGAGUCAGCCAGCUGUGGAGACCUCGUGUGACUGUCAACCGGAAGCCUCUCUGAGCCCAAAAGAGCCUUCUGGCAAGAGGGGCGAUGCGUCCCAUCCCUCCCCUGGGGGGGGCGAAAGGCUGCAGGCCAAGACUUUCCCCUCAAAGAGCUACCCACAGAAAGUGAGUGGAGACCCUGGAGGAAAACCAGCAAGUGGGGAGCCAGGCCAGAAAGCAAAAAGUGAUGCUGCAAACCCUGCAUACCAGAAACACAUGGGUCCCGCGAGCCAAGGGGAGAAAAUGCAGCAGGAAAGUUGUGCCAAAAGCUUACAAGCGGAGGGUAGCACGCUGCAUUCUCCAUCUACGAGUGGCACUUCCAGGAGCACCAGCGAGGAUCCCAAAGGGCAGAUCCAGCUGGUGCCCAGAUCUGAGGGCUUGCAGAUUAGCACCGUGCCUUCCAAGAAAGCAGAAAAGAUCCCGGAAACAACCCCGCAGGAUGCUGAUGUUCCAGCUAAACCCAAAGUCCCAAAAGCCCACUUCAGGUUAAGGAAGCUGUUCUCUGCUACCUUCCCAACGCGGCUGAAGAAGGAGACAGACGAGCGGCAGGCCCAGCUCCAGAAGGUGAAACAGUAUGAGCUGGAAUUCCUGGAAGAGCUGCUCAAGCCAAAGACCAAAAGUGACCUCCCGCCUCCGGAAUACCUGCAUCCUUCUGUGCCUGGGCGCUGCAGCUGUCAGCUGAAGAGCAGCCCUGUGCAGAAAGUCCCCGGGAUGUCCCGGGAGCAGAGGCGAAGCUGCGACUGCAAGCGGAUCUGCAGAGGGGUGAGGCCACAGCCCGGCCAGUUAACAGCACCAGAGCUGGAGAGGCAAGGGAGAGAGAAGGCCCCUGACAGCCAGAAGCAGGCAGAAGCAGGCAGGCUUAAUAGUGUGAGCAGCCCUUCUAAAGGCAGGCGGAUACGAUCCACAAGUUUAGAGUCCAGAGACUACCGGUCAGAUCCGGAGAACAGCAUGUCUUGUCUGACCACGUGCACCUCCCGUGGAGAGUGCAUGGGGGCACCACACUACAAGAAACUGAUGCGCCGCUACAGUGUCAGUGAAAUCGAUCAGGCUGAGCGAACCUCUCUCUCCUCGGACAUCUACCAGAACACCUAUCCGGCCAAGCAGAAAGGCCUGCAGAGCGAAGGAGACCCUGGGACCCACAGCACCACGCCGAAGAGCAAGAACCAGGAAUCCCCAAGAACAGGGGACCCAUCUUACGUUCAAAUAGCACAGGAGAAGAAGAGCCAGAAGGGCUCGGCGGCUUUCUCCCUCCAGGAGGAGAUGUACCCAAGUCAUGCCGAGCUGCCGGAGGAAGACAUGGAGGACAAGAAGUGCUGCUCCAUCCGGUAUUGCUUCUACUACAGGAAGUGCGACGUGGCAGACGACGGGAGCGAGAAGGACGAACUCUCCUAUUCCAUCCCCAUGCAGAUCCUACCAGGCAUGAAGCUGGACAAUCAGAUGGUUCCAGUAAUGAGCAGGACCCUUCAGGUCCUGGAUGCCACUGCCUGCAGCAGCCCUGAUGAUAGCCAGACCCAGGAGAUAGAUUUAAGGACCUCCACCUUUGAGGGGAGCCUGGCUAAGGUCCACGCCCUUCGAGGCCAUGCCUAUGCAUUGCCAGACGGGUUUCUGGCAGUGCAGCUGGACACUAACGAGCUCCUGACCAUCCUAAGGCAGUGCGUGGUGAGCCCUGAAGUUCGGGAGUGCAAACCCUACAUCUCCCAGCUGGCCGAAUACAAGCAAGAGCUCGCCCUGAAGUUCAAAGAAUUCCGGGCCUCCUGCCGCAGGGUGGCAGCUGUGGACAAGAGCCCGACGCACAUGCUCUCAGCAAUCACAAGCAGCUUUCAGGUGCUCAGCAGCCUCAUUGAGACCUUUGUGAGGCUGGUGUACAUCGUGCGCUCCGAGUCCCAGCGCCAGGAGCUGCUGACCAAGGUGGAAGAGGUGGUGCGGAACUACACCUUCUUGCUGAGGGCGGCGGAAGAGUCAACAGCCAGAACGCUGAGUCAGCACCAGAUGGCGGAGCAGCAGUCCCGCCCAUCGGCCACGGUUGCAACUGUUAUGAGCACAUUCACGCGCUCCUUAAAGACGCUGAUCAAUAAAUAAGCCGGCUAGGGAACUGAACGAACCAGUAUGUGCCAAGCUGUGUGUCAGUGGUUCUUGUUGCGAGAUUGUGUCCAAAAAGGCCUGCUUGUAACAGGGCUGCAGGGUCAGAGACAUCCUUUACUUCUCUGUGGGGUGUAUAGCUGCAUUGGUGGAGUUUGAAAGGGACACACGUCUUAUAGUUAGCUGUCUGCCAACCCGCCGGAGGGCUACAGCCAGCCACUCUGCAUGCUCUCCCAUGCCAUCUUGUCAGUGCCCUUAUCUGGGAGGUAUUGCAGUUCACGCCCCGUGCUAAUUUGGUUCUGGAUCUCCCCUGUGAGGACAGCUGACAUUUUUUACUUCAUCAUGGUGCACUGGGCCAGUCUGGAACUAGGAAUUGAGCUGAGACCCUCCAGCUUUGCUUGGGUCCGAGUCCCCUUGGAUCCAAGCCAGCGUCUUGCCACGUAAACAGCUCUUAUGCCUCCAGAGACCCUCAGCCUACAAGUCCUGCCCUCAGCUGCAGAAGGGAUCUUAAAUAUCAAAGUCCCCAAGGCCACGUUAGGGGGAGUGAAGUAGUCAUGGGGGGGGAUCCUGGAGACCGGAUGCAGGGGUUGGGUCACCCUAGCAGCUUUCAGAAUGCCAGCCCAGAUGUGCACACACUUGCUCUGAUCAAGGGACACACAGGAGCCCAACCUGUUCCAUGGUUAUAACAAGCCACAGGCUGCACUAGCAGCCGCAGGGAGACCUCCUUUACCCACCUCUCCAGGUGCUGUGAGGGCUCAAACUUAGGCCUUUCUCCACAGCCCUGUGUGAUGGUGCGGAAAUGUCCAGAGGGAAUGAGCAGCAAAGAGCAAACCCAACUGCUUUCACCGAUGGCAUGAGGCUGGAAUUCAAGAGUCAUUUUGGAAGGGAGACACGUGAGUUCCACCUCUUGAGCCGUUCAUUCCCAUCUGCCUUCUGCUCAAGGUGGGGAGAUGCUGGGAGCUCUCUCUUACUAUGCCGUUCGAGUCGUUGCCAAGAGAAGUCAUUUUUAGCAUUUUGGUUUGUAGCGCCAGCUUGCUUUCCGUCAUUUCUAACACACACACCCCGAACCUACCGUCUGACGGCACCUCCCUCUCCUCCAAAACAGUGCCAAAGGGAACCCACAAGUCUCUGCAUCCACCUUAACCACCCUGCCACUCUGCCUCAAGGGCACAUGUGGAGAACAGGCCAUGGUGGGAUCCCGGUGUUGCUGUGUUUUAGAGCAUACGUGUUCGAGUCUAUACGAGAGGUCAGACUGGCUAGUGAGGGCAGGUGUCAGAAGACAGAUAGGUUUGUGAAGUCAGGCAAUUGCCCACUCACUUGUAGAGUGCAAAGAGAUGAUUAGGGAUCUCAAUCCAAUUGAUCACCUCCCGUCACCUCCCAUCUCUAUUUUUUUAUACAAGACACACAUUUGAAAUCUCUUGUUUUCCAUACGAGUUAUGGAAAUGCACAAUGUGCUUUUAACACGUGUUCUUUACCUAGUGCAAUAACAUUCCCUGGCCCAUAGCUUCAACCAGCCGUUGGCCACUGUCAUCAGCAAAGAAGGGAGGCUCUCACAAUACAGACAGAGCACCUCUUGUCUCCUGCUUUCAAGAGCCCUGUAACAAAAUAUACAAUGGAAUAGCCAAAGCAGAGUUCAGUCCGUGGCAGGCGAUGCCUAUUUGAAGGCCAACAGGAGGCCAGCCUCGUCCAUUAUCUACUAAGAAAUAGAGAGUUUCCUUGAGCUCCCUAUCAUGCCUAUACCAUUCCUCCAUAAAUCUCUCUGCGUCAUUGAGAGAC